AUGUCCGCUCCACUUGGGCCCCGAGGCGGGCCGGCCGCUACUCCUGCGGCCGCUGUCCUACCGGAGAUGCCGGACCUAAGCCACCUCACCGAGGAGGAGAGGAAGAUCAUCCUCAGUGUCAUGGAGCGGCAAAAAAAGGAAGAUGAGAAAGAACAGAGCAUGUUAAAGAGGUUGCACCAGCAGUUUGAGUCGUAUAAGGACCAGGUGAAGAAGAUGGGAGAGGAGGCCCAGUCUACCCAGGAUCAGAAGAGUGACGCUCCCACCUGUGGAAUCUGCCACAAAACCAAGUUUGCCGAUGGCUGCGGCCACCUCUGUUCUUAUUGCCAAACCAAGUUCUGUGCCCGUUGUGGGGGACGCGUGUCUCUACGUUCCAAUAAGGAGGACAAAGUGGUGAUGUGGGUAUGCAACCUGUGCCGAAAACAACAAGAAAUCCUCACCAAGUCAGGGGCCUGGUUCUACAGUGGUUCAGGGGCCCCGCUGCCCCCGGGCGUGAGUGAGGGCCCUAGGGGGGGCCCACGACGACGCCACGAGGAAGCACCUCAGGAGAAGAAGGCCAAACUGCAGGAAGCACCCCUCCUCUACCAGGGGCCUUCGGGUGACUUGGGCAGCCAACCUCACCGGCUCCCCCACCAGGAGUCCCUCAACAACGGUUCAGGGUUGAAGCACACGGGCCGUGGAAACACAUCCAGUGACAGGAAAAGAAGCCCGUCAGCAUCCAGGGAUCCAAACCAAAAAUCCGACCAAAGGGAGGAGAGGGGCGAGCAUUCCCAGUAUGCCCCGGGAGACGGCAUCAUGCCCAGAUCGCCGUCUGACUACGGGGCUGGGGAUCGGCGGCGCGGCUCGGGCCGUCCGUACGAGGAUGCGGAGGUAGCACGUGGGGCGUACAGGGCGCGGCGCGGAGGCUGGCACUCGCAGGAGUACCCGCCAGACGCGGAACUGUUGGACGGCCCGGCCAGCCAGUACGAGCUGCAGCAUCAACGUCAGGAGGAGUACCAGACCCGUUACCGUAGCGACCCCAACCUCGCGCGUUACCCGGUCAAACCGCAGCCGUACGAAGAGCAGAUGCGAAUCCACGCGGAGGUUUCGCGGGCGCGGCACGAAAGGAGGCACAGCGACGUCUCCCUGGCCUAUACGGAAAUGGACGAGCCCCUCGGGCCGGGGAGACCUCCGCACCGCCCACCGACGGAGGGACAUCACCGACCCUACUCUCCCAGUCCGGGACAUGGCCAUCGCACAUCCAACCACAGCCCCCCAACCCCACACCGGAGCCCAGUGCUAGGGGAUGGUAGGAGGGGACCCAUGGUAGGAGAUCCGCUCCGCAGACAGCAGCACCUGGACCCUGGCUCAGCUGUACGUAAGACCAAGAGGGAAAAGAUGGAAACCAUGCUCCGGAACGACUCGCUCAGCUCCGACCAGUCUGAGUCCGUACGGCCGCCCCCACCCAAACCACACAAGACGAAAAAGGGGGGCAAGAUGAGACAGGUGUCCCUCAGCAGCUCAGAGGAAGAAUUAGCGACCACGCCCGAGUACACCAGCUGCGAGGACGUGGAAAUCGAGAGUGAGUCGGUCAGCGAAAAAGGGGACAGUCAAAGGGGAAAAAGAAAAACUAUUGAGCAGGCACACACCUUAUCUGAGAGGCAAAAGAAAAUGGUGCGAUUUGGGGGCCACUCUUUCGAAGAGGAUGCGGAGUGGUGUGAACCCCAAGUUAAAGACUCGGGCGUUGACACGUGCAGUAGCACUACCCUAAACGAGGAGCAUAGCCAUAGUGAGAAGCAUCCAGUGACAUGGCAGCCAUCCAAAGAUGGGGAUCGUCUGAUAGGACGGAUUCUGCUCAACAAGCGUUUGAAAGAUGGUAGUGUUCCCCGUGACUCUGGAGCUCUGCUGGGACUGAAGGUGGUUGGAGGAAAAAUGACAGAAUCAGGUAGACUUUGUGCUUUCAUCACCAAAGUGAGGAAAGGAAGUUUAGCAGAUACUGUUGGACACCUCCGACCAGGUGACCAGGUUCUUGAAUGGAACGGGAGAAAUUUACAAGGAGCCACAUUUAAAGAAGUUUACAAUAUCAUUUUAGAAUCAAAGCCCGAACCUCAGGUGGAACUAGUGGUCUCACGACCCAUCGGAGAUAUUCCGAGGAUACCAGACAGCACACAUGCACAACUGGAAUCAAGUUCGAGUUCAUUUGAGUCACAGAAGAUGGAGCGUCCUUCCAUCUCUGUCACGUCUCCCAUGAGUCCUGGCAUGUUGCGAGACGCCCCUCAGUACUUGUCUGGACAGCUCUCAAGCCAAAGCCUUAGUAGAAGAAGUGAGCCUUUUACCCCUAGGGUGCAGGUCAAACUCUGGUAUGACAAAGUGGGUCAUCAGCUUAUUGUCACCAUUCUCGGAGCGAAGGAUCUGCCUUCGAGGGAAGACGGUCGGCCAAGGAAUCCCUAUGUAAAAAUCUACUUCCUCCCAGACAGAAGUUUGAAUUAUUGCUCCUCCAGCGACAAAAGCAAAAGAAGAACAAAAACAGUAAAAAAAUCAUUAGAGCCCAAAUGGAACCAGACGUUUAUGUAUUCUCCCGUGCAUCGGCGGGAAUUCCGCGAGCGUAUGCUGGAGAUCACGCUUUGGGAUCAGGCACGGGUUCGAGAGGAGGAGAGCGAGUUCUUGGGAGAGAUCUUGAUUGAAUUGGAGACAGCAUUGCUGGAUGAUGAGCCUCACUGGUACAAGCUGCAGACACACGAUGUGUCUUCCAUGCCCCUGCCCAAGAGCUCCCCCUAUCUGCAAAGGAGAACACUGCAUGGAGACAGCCCGACGCGCAGAUUACAAAACCAAGGCCCAUAUUCAUACAAUUCAGGAUCGCAGAGAAUCAGUGACAGUGAGAUUUCAGACUAUGACUGUGAGGAUGGUGUCGGGGUCAUCUCAGACUACAGACAAAACGGCAGGGACAUCCAGAGCUCCACCCUCUCCGUACCCGACCUGUCAUCCAACCACUGCUCAAGGUCAGCGGACAUCAACCGCGCACGGUCGCGGUCCCCCAGCGUGCCCCCUCCACAGAGUCAUUUUCUCACCCUACCUCGCUCCAGACACAGUCAGCCUAUAGAUCAUCAGCAGAAGGAACUCAGCCGUGGCAACCGUGUGGACUCCAUCAGUCGAGAAGAGGCAGUCAGGUUACUGCGUUCCAGUAGGAUGGCUCGGGCGUAUUCAGAGGGGGCGUACAGUGACAUGGAGAGGAAUUACGGAAUGCCGGACAGGCACGAAUAUCACCACAGGUCUCGUUCGGCCGACCAGAGGCCCGCCGUGGAGCGUCCAGUCUACAGCCGCUCCCGCUCCACGGAGCGCCCCCCUGACAGCCACCUCAUGAGGUCCAUGCCGUCCUUACCGUCAGGACACUCCGCCCCGCCCUCCCCCGCCUUAUCGAGGGCACACCCCCGCAGUGGUUCAGUCCAAACCAGCCCUACUGGUACACCCAUGAACAGCAGGAGAGGACGGCAGCUACCACAGCUGCCUCCAAAGGGGACGCUGGAGAGAAAAGACGAGCUUGAAGAAACAGAGCCCUGUCCAGAAGACAUGGACUCACCCAGUCGGACAAACUCAGGUGCUAUGGAUGUGGAGGAGAGGACUAGACAAAUGAAACUGAAGAUGAAUAAAUAUAAACAGGGCACCGGUUCUGAUUCCCGACUGGAGCAAGACUAUCAUUCUAAGCGCUCAGGGAGGGACCCGCAGCGAGGUACAGACAACCUCUCGGCCAAAUCGUCCGACAGCGAUGUAAGCGACGUGUCCGCUGUUUCGAGAACCAGCAGCGCGUCUCGGUUCAGCAGCACGAGCUACAUGUCUGUCCAGUCAGAACGGCCGCGAGGAAACCGCAAGAUCAGUGACUUUACGUCCAAAAUGAAAAACAGGCAGAUGGGCACGACGGGCGGCGUGAACAUGACCAAGAGCACCAGCAUCGGCGGUGACAUGUACAACCUGGAGAAGACGGACGGCAGCCAGUCAGACACGGCCGUGGGCAUGGUGGGCACCGACGACAAGAAGAGGCGCUCCAGCAUCGGUGCCAAAAUGGUGGCCAUCGUCGGCCUGUCUCGCAAGAGUCGCAGCACCUCCCAGCUCAGCCAAACAGAAGCUGGAGGUAAGAAGUUACGCAGCACCAUACAGAGGAGCACAGAGACGGGCUUAGCGGUGGAGAUGAGAAGCAGGAUGACGCGUCAGGCCAGCCGAGAGUCCACUGACGGCAGCAUGAACAGCUUCAGCUCUGAGGGAAACCUCAUCUUCCCUGGAGUGAGACUCUCCUCAGACAGCCAGUUCAGUGACUUCCUGGAUGGAUUAGGCCCGGCCCAGCUUGUUGGUCGACAGACCCUGGCAACACCGCCUAUGGGUGACAUUCAGAUUGGCAUGGUGGAGAAGAAAGGAGCGCUGGAGGUUGAGGUUAUCCGUGCCAGAGGACUUGUGGGAAAACCAGGUUCAAAGGCACUGCCAGCUCCUUAUGUCAAGGUGUACCUUCUGGAAAAUGGAGCCUGCAUAGCCAAAAAGAAAACAAAAGUAGCACGAAAAACUCUGGACCCUCUUUACCAGCAGCAACUGUCAUUUGAGGAGAGUCCGGGAGGAAAGGUUUUGCAGGUUAUUGUUUGGGGAGACUAUGGACGAAUGGACCAUAAAUCUUUCAUGGGAGCAGUUCAGAUACUUUUAGAUGAGUUGGACUUGUCCAACAUGGUGAUUGGCUGGUUUAAGCUCUUUCCUCCCUCUUCAUUGGUGGACCCAACUUUGGCCCCCUUGACGAGAAGGGCUUCCCAGUCAUCUUUGGACAGUUCAUCUGGGCCGUUCGGUCGCUCGUAG